AUGAAACGUUCGUCUAAACGGAAACGGACUUCCACCACCAGUGCUUGCUCCUGCUGCGCUAACCUAACAGUACAGCCCACUCCUGCCAGUACGCCGCCGACCAAGCAUUCACUUGAGACGGCUGCAGCUACAACGAGCAAGGGCCCAUCAACGGUACAAACUCCCGCGAAGCGUUCACGUAAACGCCCUUCCCUGUUACCACUUCCCAAUGAGGACAGCGCUGAUCGUCAUGCUCCGCAUAACCUUCAAAACCGAUCAUGUGUGAAUCUGCCACUUGAGGACUCUGCAGAUUCUCAGGACCUUGACAUUCACAACGUCAUUCCUGACCAUGCACCUUUCCCUCCGACUCCACUUCCUACCCAACCACAGGCUUCUUCAUUUCCGGCGUCCGUCCAUCCACCGAACCAUUCUCGACCUGCUCCUUUCUCCGCACAAGCCAUCAUUGACGAUGACACAUCAGAUGACGAUUUCCAGGACGUCUCCCAAGCCGUCCAGUACCAUGGACACAAUAUUUUACCAGGUAACGGCAUUCAUUAUGCUGAACCGAUCAGCACACCAAUUUCUCAUCAGGUUAAAAAAUCGAUCCAACAUGACAUAUGGCGCAACAAAUUCAUUGACCUUGCGUCUCUACUACCCUCCCUUUCUUCUUCCUCUCAGACUCCUGUACAGUACACCCUCAACUUAGAUCAACAUUCCAACAUCUCUGUCCAAGCAUCUUCACGAUUACGCAAAAUUACCUCCAUCGACACUUGGACUACUGCCUUUCUUCGCUUCGUGGCUAUAUACACGGCCAAAUUCCCUUUCGAAACUCCCCAGCUCAUGAAGUAUGGCGAGAUUGUCCGUGAUUUGGCUGCUCGUCGUCCUGGUUUAGCUUUUGCCCAAUACGACACGCAAUUUCGUAUGUUACGGGAAUCCGUCCUUCUCCCUUGGGAUCGCCUUCACACUGAGUUUUUGCUAAUGGCCUCUACAUCCUACCAUCCUCCGACUCAGUCCUUUCGUUCCCAUCAACAAGCCAACACCUCCUGCCCUUCCUGCCCUAGACGAUUUCACCCGAACACUUGUUGGAACUUCAACCGCAGCACAAAAUGUCGUUCGCAACAUUGCCCCCACCCCCACAUCUGCGGCUACUGCCUUGGUCCCCACCCAGCCUACAACUGUAAGUUCACCAAUAAGGAACAAGCCGGCAGAACCCCUCCAGCCAAACCAUCUGCCAACCCCCUGCCGCCUAAAUAA